AUGUUAUAAAGCACUUCAGAAAAAUUGCAAUAAAAAGUUUCCUCUUAUAAGGACAAGAUACGGACACAAUUGAAGAAAAAGAUAUCGGUGAUUAAAGAUCAACAAAAAUUGAGACAUUCUAAUAGCGAUUGUAAUCGAAAUAGUUAAUAUCUCCAUAGUGCAAAUUGACACACCAUUCUAAUAGUAAUCAAAAAUAGCUGCUGAUUUUUCUGAUAAUUAUGAAUUAGGUGUUAAAUUAGGAGAAGGUGCUCAUGCCAUUGUUCACAAAGCAAUCAGGAAAAGUGACAACCAGGAAUUUGCUGUAAAAAUCUUUAGAUCUAGUGACCCUGAAAUCAUUGCUUCAAUAAGAAAGACUUAUUAGAUUGGAUCAAUGCUGUCUCAUCCGAAUUUAAUUAAAGUGAAAGAAUUAUACAUAAAUUAAUAAAAUGGAUACUCAUAUUAAAUUAUGGAAUUGUGUCAAUAUCCAAAUUUAGAAAAUCAGAUAGCCAAAUUGAAUCUUAACGAGAUUAAGACGGUUAUGCGGUACAUUAUAAAUUGAAGUAACAAUAGUGAAUUAUUGAAUGGAUUAGUUUACAUGCACCAAUAAAAAGUAUGUCACAGAGAUAUAAAACCUGACAACAUUCUAUUUGAUGGUUUAAAUGUAAAAAUCCUUGACUUUGGAGUCAGUAAGAGAUACUACAUUAAAUAAAAAUAUAUAGAUAUGUGGACACCCACAGGCACUUAAUUUUAUUGUGCACCAGAGAUAUACACCAAAGUUAGUUACACUUACAAAGUUGACAUGUGGGCUGUUGGUGUAUAAAUUCAUAUUUAUAUUUAAGGUUAUUCUCUAUUAACUCUUAACAAAACAGUUGCCAUUCCAGGAUGAGACUGCUCAUGGAACUAUUGAAUUAAUAUGCAAAGCAUAGUUCAAAGAUCAUUCAGCUUUAGAUAAAGUUAGCAAAGAUUUAUUAAGCAGAUUGCUAUAGAUUGACCCAAAAAAAAGACUUAAUGCAGCAGAAGCUUUACAACAUAUAUGGUUUCAGAAUAAGGAGAUGAUACAGCAAUGCAUGGAUGAUAUGAUCGUACAUGAUGGUCUAGUUAAUGAUUCCUCAUUGUUUAUCUAACUUAGUUAAUCAUAAAAUAGGAAUACCUACGCAACUCAUCAUUAAAAUACUAAAGUUGAGGCUUUCAAGCCGACAAUACACGUCAAGCAAUCUUCAUUCAGAGAUUCAUCAUGAUAUACUGGGUUAUUUCAUAUUAAUAUUC